CUGCUGAAGUGUGUGCUAACUAACUUAGCUACGGUAGGUGCGUAGCAGGCAGGCUGUAUAGCGCCAAACAAACUGAGGACCUAGCAAAUUUUAAUAGCGUUUUCAGAUUUUUAAUGUAAUUAAUUAGUUAUGAUAUUCAACUAAAUUAAGUGAAUUAAAAUGUGAUUUAAACCAACAGAAUGACUGUAGCAUGCUGCACACCGGAAGUAUGCCACAGCGCGUCACGGUAUUUGAAUAGAGAAAACGCUCGCGCUGUUACUCGUUGAAGUAAGCUGUAAUCUCUUUACACUGGAGAGACUUUUCCUCAUAAACCUGCUUUGUCUAUGAAGUUGAUUUGAAUCUUUUCCAUGAAAGCAUUAAUUAUAUUUGGAUAAUAAUGAUAACUUGGUAGAUGUCUAACUAUAAAGCAGUUGCAGUGAGACUUGAGUGAAGAGAGAAUGGAGGUGAAGCACAGCAUCAGCCUGGCAAUGCUAAGUGAGGAGCUGAAGAGAAGAACCCAAGAAACUCUGAAGCUUCAGGAAGAAGUUGAACAAGCCACCAAGCUCACUUUGGAAAAAAUGGGUCGCACAUUUAGCAGCACAGACAUGCCAGGAAAUCAUAUUUCUACAAAUCACGAAUCAGAGGGAUCUCCAGAUUUCAGAGUUAACACCCAACAUUCUUACAUCUCUCCUAUUAACUCCACUGAUGUGGACGUGAACGUUGCAAGUUUCCAAGGCAGAGAUGUUCUUAAGCAUGCACUAGAGGAUUAUUCACAGCAAGUCUCAGAUCUCCAAAAGCAGCUGAGAGAGACUUAUGAGCUACAUGAACUGCAAAAGUUCAAUUUCCGUCAGUCCAUCAUCCAAUUAGAAAACAAACUGCAAGGAAGCCAAACUGAGAAAGACAUCUUAAUAAACUUGAAGCUAAAAGAAUCUGAGAAAAACACAAAGUUAAUGGAGCAGCUGCAGGCAUCUGAGCUGGAGCUGCACUUGCUAAAGCAGGCAGAAGGCCACAAACUGAUGGAAGCUGACGACAAAGUGAAGACCUUAAACCGGAGAGCAGAGUUGAUGACACAAAUGUUGCAGGACAUAUUCACCAGGCUUUCAGAUUAUGAGAAGCGAAGUGGAAAAUGUAGCAGUCUUUGCUAUGAUGGAGUCUUCAGCCCUAGCCAGCUUCAUCUGGGACCUGCAGUGGAGAAAGCAUUACUAGACCUGGAAAAUGACAACCGUGGCCUCCAGGAAAAACUGCAAAUGGCGCAGAGACAACUGAAAGACCUGCAGGAACAGAGUCAAGAAAAAACAGAGUGUCUUCUACAGGAACAUAAAAAAAGAGUGGAGCAGCUCAUUACCAGUCAUGAACAGAAGGUGGCGAUGUUGACUGAGAAACUGGAGAGCUCUCAGACUAACACAGAUGGCCUGGAACACCAGGUGGAAAUAUUAAAACUACAGCUCCAGAGCCAAACCUCAUUACACCAGUCAGAGAUGAGUGAUAUGAAGUCUGAACUCUCGCUACUGCGCUCAGACCUGCUGGAGAAACAGAAGAGCUACACGGCUAAGGUCAGUGUUCUGGAGGAGGCGCUGGCUCAUGCAAAAUCCCUGGCAGAGCAGGUCCAGAAAGAGAGAGACCUUUUACUCCAGCAGGCUGAGGAUCAGGACACCCAGCUGUGUCGACUCACAACAGAGCUCCGUCAGACUGCAGAGGAGCUGUGCCAAGAGCGGCAACGGAGACAUAAACUGGAGCAGUGCGGUCUUGGAGUUCAGCAGCUUGACAAUCUUGUCCGAUCUCUGAGAGAGCAGUGCCAGGCACAUGAGGACAUAGAGGAGCAGAGCAGUGGUGUAGGCAGGAGGCUUCAGUCUCUGGACCAAUGGGAUGCAGAGCUGCCACUGAAGCAGCAAGAAAUGCAACAUGACUGCACUCAGCUGGAGGAGGCACACACACAGGUGCAGGCACUACAGACUGAGCUGGAGCUGUUGAAGGUCAGGCUGGAAGAUGGAAAAAACAGUGGCGAGUUGCUCAUGAGGCCUCUGGUGGCCUUGCAGCAGGAGAGGAACAGUCUUACCAUGCAGCUUGAGCAGCUCCGGCUGGACAACCAGCAGCUGAGGGCUGCUCUGCUGGAGGCCGAACUGAGGCUGAGUGCUCUGGAGCAGGAGAAGACCCAGCAGCGGGCAGCGCUAUCAGAGAGAGCCAGCAGCCUCCACCAGCUAACUCUGGAGAAACAGCAGAUGACUUCUGAGCUGGAGAGCCAGCGCAAGAAGCUGGAGCAAAUCAAGGAAGAGCAUGAGGCUUUGAGAGAAGAACACAGCAGGAAAACCGAGGAGCUGCAAUGGCAAAACAGCAAGCUAAAAGCCCAGCGUAAUACCAUCCGAAACGACUUGGAGAAGGCCAAGAGCACUCUCAAAGCACUGGAGGGUGCCGAUGAGCAUGGUCUAAAGGUUGCCUUAGGCAUCCAGAAGCAGAUCACUGCCAAGCGAGAACAGGUUGAUUUACUCCAGAGCCGUGUACAGAUGCUGGAGGAGAGCACAGAAAAACUCACUCAGGAAAAGAACCACCAGGUGAUGAAGAGCAAACGUCAAGCACAGAUGGUGCUUUUUGAGAGGGAGAGACGGAAAAGGCUCGAGACAGAGUUGGAGGUUUGUCGUUCUAAGGAGAACCUGCUGAAGAGCGAAAUUGAGCGGCUUGACACAGCUCUGCACAAGAUGUCUGACAGUUUUGUAGAGUGCCAAGAGUACAUUCAGAAACAGCAGCAAGAGAUCAUGAGGCUGAAACUCCAGCACACACUAGAGCUGAAGGAGGGCCAGAACUUACGAUCCACCAGUGCCAGAACUUGUGAGCACGGACAAGAUUUACUACCUACGAACAACAUCUGCACAUCACCCAUCACCAGCCCUUCAAUUUCAGCACAAGUGUCCUUUCAAGCUCACUCUGCCAGCCAGGUAGAGCUAAAUAUUAGUAGCCGGAAGUGUAGCCCAGUUCUGGAGCUGCAGAGCCUGGUUAAAGAGCUACGCAGUGUGAUUGAUAUGGAGCAGAGCCCUGACACCUUCUACACCAGCUUGAGGAGGAGCAGAAAAGAUGAAGUGACCAGGAGAGUUGAAGGUGAAAACAGGAAGACAAGCACAAGUAUCAGUGACCGUGAACAAGAUCCUGUCCGAGUCCCUAACUUCAAUAAACAGGACAUGAACGGUGAUUUUUCCGCUAACAAUAAAGCUGGAAUGAGAGUGUGCCGGCCUCAACACAAUUCAUUCACAGCACUGGGACGGAGGUCUCCAGUACACUCCCUCCUGACCUCUGACCUUCCUAACAAUAUCUUUAAUAGCCUCAGAACACAAAGUCCUUCCCUUACUGCGCAAACAUCUUUCAUUAAGCAAGCUGAAAUAGCAGGGCAGACAUGCAAAAAACAGCAGAGCAAGCUGACCAGCCUUCAGAACAAAGCAGAGGAUCAUCAGAUAAAGAAUCAAGAAAAGACCUCUAUGAUUAAAAGCCAGGAAAAGAUGAGGAGGAGGAUCAAAGAGAGAAAAACACACAAAAACGAUAAGAGUCUAGACAAGACAGAAGACAGAAGAAUUAAUUUACAAUGCAAAUAAAUGGGGUUUUU